AUGAGGACUAGCCCUCGCAGGCCCUUAAUUCUCAAGAGACGGAAGCUGACCCUCUCGCAGAGCGAUGCAUCCAGUGCCUCAGCAGGGGAUGAGAGCAGCGGUCAGCAGUGCAGCCAGGAGGACCAACCCAGCAGCCAACCCCGAGACAAAGCGGACGGUGGCCUGCAGAAAUUCCCGGCGGGAAUAAAGAUGAUUGACCACCCUACCAUGCCUAACACACAAGUGGUGGCCAUCCCUGCAAAUGCUGAUAUCCAGAGUAUCAUAGAGGCACUGACAGUGAAAGGAAAAGAAUGCGGCAGCAAUGGGCCAAACAAGUUCAUUCUCGUUAGCAGUGGGGGCAGGUCCCGCUCAUCGGGUCUGAUACCCUCGCAGCAUCUCCCCUUGGAGAAGAAACCCAGCGCAGCAACCAAGGCUGCAAAUGGUCAAGAGAGAGAGAAGACUGUUAAAAAGAUACCUGGUCUUGCAGGAGGAACAGUGCUCUGGCAUUCAGGAAUUGACUCAGUGAUUGGAAAUGAGCAGGAGAACAACAGCAGUGGCGAAACAACCAACUCUGUGUUGGAUGAUAGUCUAACUAACAUCCAGUGGCUGGGGAAGAUGAGAUCUGAUGGGCUAAGCCCCUCCUCUGUGAAGCAAGGCGUGGCGAAAGAGAACCGGGUGCCUCUGCAGGAAAGAAUCAAGACUGAAGAGGAUUAUGCCACUGCCUCCAGGCCUACUGCUGCCACCUCCUCAUGGCAGGAUUCAGUAUCAGAACGACCUCCUUACUCCUACAUGGCCAUGAUCCAGUUUGCUAUCAACAGCACUGAGAAGAAGCGUAUGACUCUGAAGGACAUCUAUACUUGGAUUGAGAAUCAUUUUCCGUAUUUUAAACACGUGGCAAAGCCAGGCUGGAAGAACUCCAUCCGGCACAACCUGUCCCUUCACGACAUGUUUGUCCGUGAGACAUCCGCUAACGGUAAAGUUUCAUUCUGGACUAUUCACCCUGAUGCAAACCGCUGCCUGACGCUGGACCAGGUAUUUAAGCCCCUGGACUCGGGGUCACCAACGUCGCCUGAGGGCUCUGAAUUGCAUCAAAAAGGACACCUUCCAGGUUCCCAGAACAUGACAAGCACCGGCAGCAGCAAAACUGAACCCCAGAAUUCCCGGCGAAAAAUGAAGCCUCUGCUUCCUCGCAUCAACUCCUACCUGGUACCCAUCCAGUUUCCUUUGAGUCAGCCUCUUGUCUUGCAGCCUUCUGUGAAGGUUCCUCUGUCUAUGGCACAGGGAGCAUCCCUCAGCGGCUCGGAGACGUUCCGGAGCAACAAGCGCGUGCGCAUCGCCCCCAAGACGUCACUCUCUACAGAAGAUUCAUCCCCUUUACCUAUGGCUGCUGUCAAGGAGGAGAGUCAAUGUGAUGAAGGUUUAUUUUCCUCAGCUCAUUCUCUAAAGGAGAACAGCUCCCAGUCUGGUGAGCCGCCUUUCCCUGAGAGUGUCUGUAUAAAGGAGGAAGAAGGCUCUCAACUGGAUGACUGGCUCUUGCCAUUUGCUUCAACCCUAAUGGUAAAGGAAGAGACAAGCUUCUUGCUCCCAGUCUCCUCCACAAAGGAGAAGAAACAAUUGACCACACUGAAGUCACCAUCGAAGGGUGUUUCUGACACACUAGUCAUAAAGAGGAGGGAGAUGGGCAGAUCCAGAAGGAAACAACGCCUGGCCCUGCCUUGCUCAGAGGAGCCUGUCCUUGUUCUGCCGGAAGGUAGUAGCUUUGACCCGCAGGAAGGCCAGCCGCUCGAGAACGUGUCGCAGCUCAGCUGCUCACCGAGGCAAGAGGAGCCCUUUAAAACACCAGUCAAAGAGAUGUUCAGCAAAUUGCCAGUUUCUUCCACUCCCAGCAAAGUCUCAAUAACUACUACCCCACCAGUAGGGGCCCUUGACCCCUGGAAGUCUGCAUCCUCAGCCAAGGGAAGUCAUGAGCUGGACUUCAGUCCAGUGAGAACUCUUCAGUUGCCAGUUACACCCCUCCAGGAGAACCAAGACCUGCUGGAUUUUACCACCACACCCCUGAAAAAUCUCCUUCCUGAGUCCCCUCGGGACCUGCUCUAUGCAGAAUCCAGUGACAUGGAGCCUGCCCCUUUCACCAGCUCUCCAGCUUUUAUCCAUGAGUCUAAGCAAUCAUCUGUGGAGCUGCCAGCCUCUGGCCUCACUGAAAACCGGUCGCUCCUGGAGGGUCUUAUCCUGGACACCAUGAAUGACAGUCUGAGCAAAAUCCUUCUAGAUAUCAGCUUUCCUGGUCUUGAGGAUGAAAACUUGGGAACAGACAUUAGCUGGUCUCAGCUCAUACCUGAACUGAAGUAA